GCUGUGUACCUCAACGCCGCAUCUGUGAUUAUUCUGGGCUGGACCCCGUUUGGACUGUCUUAACAUGCGGGGAGUUCAGAGUGAUGCUCUGCUGCUUGGCUUGAUGGUUUGGAUGGGAAUCCUAUGGGGAGAAAUCACAACCCAAGACGAGUCUGGUUUGACUCCUCCACCCAGCCUCGCUCCAGUGAUGCAGGUACCAGCACCUAAAGAUACCCCCAGAGGAGUUGCGUCCAUGGGACAGGACUUCCUCGAGUCGGUCCUGUCUCAUAAGGAUCAUCUUCUGGCCCAGAAGGGCGUGACUCUUCCCAGCGGUUUACCCCCUAAUCUGGUGCCCAUGUUGGGGAAGGAGCUGGGGGCCGGAGCAGAGGCCCUGUCGCCUGACCAGCCCCUCCUGAGGAAGAUGCUGCCUGCACACAGCGCCACCGACCGCCCCACUUUACCUCCAGCCUACGACCUCCCCACCGAACCCCCGGAGGCUGUUGCAACACCGAGCUGGGAUACCGAUGCUCCAACUCCACACCCGCAACCUUCAGGCACUGUUGCGAUUCCAACCACUGUGAGCGCUGACACAGCGUCUGGUGUUUUCACCUCAGCUGUAACAAACUGCAGGGUCAAUUUCACCGACCCAGAGGGCUACAUCGAUUCUUCAGACGAUCCGCCCCUCCCUGAAGCAGCGUUUCUGCAGUGCACUUAUACAGUGACCGUCUACACGGGUUACGGUGUGGAGCUACAGGUGAAAAGCGUCAACCUGUCAGAAGGCGAGCAGCUGUCAAUCAGAGGGGUGGAUGAAGGCGGGGCCCUGCUCGUACUGGCCAAUCAGACGCUCCUGGUGGAAGGUCAGGUGAUCCGCAGUCCGACCAACACCCUGUCUGUGUUCUACCGCUCGUCUCCAGAGGGAGGAGUCGGCAUGUUCCAGCUGCAUUAUCAAAUUUUUCGCCUGAGUUGCGCCCUACCUCGACGGCCUCAUUUUGGGGAGGUGUCGGUAAAAGAUCUGCAUCCCGAAGGCACGGCCCAUUUCCAGUGUCACAUGGGAUACCACCUGCAGGGGGACGCCACGCUCACAUGUCUCAAUGCCUCGCUGCCUGUGUGGAGCCAACAUGAGCCAAGCUGCAGAGCUUUGUGUGGAGGGGUUGUAAAAAACGCUACGGUGGGCCGGGUGCUGUCCCCCUCACCCCAUCCGGGCCCUAACAGCACCCUGGACCGCAGCUGCUCUUGGUCCCUAGAGGCUCCUAAUGGCCAAAGGCUGCACCUGCAUUUGGAGAGAAUGGUGUUGGGCCUGACAGACAGGCUGGUCUUAUGGAGUGGGCUCGACGCAGGUUCGGUCGUCCUGUUUGAUUCUGGGCGUGGCGGUCCCAUCCCGUUUGAGGGAGUGAUUAGCGAAGGUCCAGCUGUUCGGGUCCAGUUUAUAACAGACCAACCUAAUAGUCACAACACUGGAUUCAAUAUACGUUAUGAAGCAUUUGAGAAGGGCCACUGCUACGAACCAUACAUCCAGAAUGGAAACUUUAGCACAACAGACCCAACUUAUGGUGUGGGGACGGUGGUGCAAUUCACCUGUGACCCCGGGCACUCCCUGGAGCAGGGGCCGCCCAUCAUCGAGUGCAUUAACACACGAGACCCCUACUGGAACGACACAGAACCCCUCUGCAAAGCUCUCUGUGGCGGCGAUCUGUCCGGCCCCAGCGGCGUUAUCCUGUCCCCAAACUGGCCCGAAUGGUACGGGGAGGGCGAGGACUGCAGCUGGAGGAUUCACGUCGGCGAGGACAAACGCGUCCUGCUGGAUGUGCAGCUCUUGAAUCUCAGCGACAGUGAUAUGCUAACCAUUUUGGAUGGAGAUGAGGUCACAACACGCAUACUGGGCCAGUUUGUUGGGGGAACCAGCCCGUUUAAGAUGUCCUCCUCGACCCCUGACCUCACCAUCACCUUCCACUCAGACCCAGCCGGCCUGGUCUUCGGGAAGGGAGAGGGUUUCAUCAUCAACUACAUGGAGGUGUCACGCAACGACUCGUGUCCAGACCUGCCUGAGAUCCAGAACGGCUGGAAAACCACGUCUCAUGCGGCGCUCGUGCGUGGAGCCCGUAUUACGUAUCAGUGCGACCCGGGGUACGACCUGGUGGGCAGUGAAACCCUGACCUGUCAGGUGGACCUGAGCUGGAGCACACAGCCUCCGUUCUGUGAGAAGAUUAUGUACUGCACAGACCCUGGACACGUGGAGCACUCCACACGCACGCUGUCCGAUCCCAAACUCUUGGUUGGCACCACUAUCCAGUAUAGCUGCAUUCCCGGAUUCAUCCUGCAGGGCGGCGCCACACUCACUUGCUACGGUCGAGAACCUGGCACCCCUGUUUGGACUUCUCACUUGCCUCAUUGCGUUUCGGAAGAGUCCGUGUCCUGUGAGAACCCCGGCCUUCCUGACAAUGGCUACCAGAUAUUGUCUAAAAGGCUUUACUUACCGGGAGAAUCUCUAACCUUCAUGUGCUACCAAGGCUAUGAGCUUAUUGGUGAGAUGGCCAUCAAGUGCAUUCUGGGAAAUCCCUCUUUUUGGAGUGGUCCAUUACCUCUCUGCAGAGCCAAUCAUGAAUGCUCUAGCAAUCAUGCACUAGAGGUGGCUGAGGCCACGGCAGACUCUUCUUUCGAUGGCGGAAGUAUGGCUCUAGCAAUAUUUAUCCUGGUUCUGCUAGUGUCUGUUUUACUGGGAGGAGCCUACAUCUAUGUCACGAGGUGCCGUUAUCAUUCAAACCUGAGACUUCCUCUGAUGUAUCCGCAUCCCUACAGCCAGAUCACCGUGGAAACCGAGUUUGACAACCCUCUCUACGAGACCGGAGGGGACACGAGAGAAUACGAGGUGUCCAUAUGAAGAGGUCCACAGACACGUCCCGUACUGCUCCAGCGCUUACAGGAAGUGAUGUAAAUAGAUCCUGACAACUCCACUCUCCCCACCUCCCCAACCUCCAGAGGACAGAGAGGGGCAUGAAGGGAACGGGGCUGUGAAACAGGAAGUACCAGUGCAGAGAUCGUUCGGCCAGUAGACGUUACUGUGGUUUUACGACACGUAUGCGCUCACAGCCGGAGGUUCUCAUUCUGCCAUUCACAAACAC